GGGCUGGCUGGCCUGGUGUCCCCGGCUGCGCACCCUCCUCCUGGACCUGCUCCUCAUCUACAUCACCGUGCCCUUCCUCAUCCGCCUCUUCCCCAGCCUGCUCACCAAAUUCGUCUUCCUCAACUUCUUGCCGUUCCCCUUCUUUGUGGACCUUCGGCGGCCGGAGCUGCUGCUGAAUAACACCAUCAGCCUGUACCUUGUCACCGAGCCGGACGUCACCGUCGGCAUCUGGCACACGGUGCCGGGCAGCAGCGGGUCCGAGGCGUGGGGCAAGGACCAGCGCUGGUACGAGGAGGCACUCGGUGAUUCUCACCCUGUGAUCAUCUACCUGCAUGGCAAUGGGGGCACAAGGGCUGCAAGGCACCGCAUCCAGUUCUUGAAGACAAUGGGGGCUGCCGACUUCCACAUCCUGGCUCUCGACUACAGAGGGUAUGGGGACUCCAGCGGGCACCCCACAGAGAGCGGCUUCACCACAGAUGUCCUGGCACUCUAUGACUGGGCCAAAGCACGGAGCGGGAACAGCAGCAUCCUCCUCUGGGGACACUCCUUGGGGACAGGGAUUGCCACGAAUGUGGCAAGGAAACUGCAGGAGGAGCGAGGGGUCCAGGUUGACGCCGUGGUCCUGGAGUCGCCCUACACCAACAUCCGAGAGGCGGCCGCCCACAUCCCCAUCACCAAGGGGAGCAUCUACCGCCAGUUCCCGGGUUUCGGGUACCUCAUCCUGGACUCGCUGGCCCUGGGCAACAUGUUCUUCCGCAGCGAUGAGAACGUGAAGGUGCUGGCCUGCCCGCUCCUCAUCCUGCACGCAGAAGAUGAUGACGUGUUGCCUCCGCACCUGGGCCGCAAGCUCUUCGAGACGGCACGCAGCGCCUACAAGGACAAAAGCAAGGUGAAGUUCAUUACUUUUCCCAAAAAGCUGGGCCUGGGCCAUGACUACAUCUCCUUCAACCCGGAGCUGCCCGUCCUGGUGAAAGACUUCUUGAACAUUAAGUGA